AUGACUGAGAUUGAAGAUGCAGUCUCCAACUUUGAUGUUAGGCUUGCUGAAAAGAAGGAAAAAGCGGAAACUAUGUACCAGGUGAACAACACGGCAAUAUCUUUAAAGCGAAUAUUGGAUGUUGUGUAUGAUCCUCAUAUAGAUUACAAUAUUAAACUCCCAUUAAUCAAGAACCUCCCAAAAUUACCAAACGACCUUCAGCUGCAGUUGCCGCUCGAUGCGGCGAUCAGAAUUGUUAACAACUUUGGGUUGUGUUGCUCAAGGUUCUCGGAACUGUGGCCAAUGAAAACCAAGGAGACGUUGAAAUCAUUGGAUUUAACCAUGUUCACAUGGCUCUCACAUGCAAUAAAGCAAAGCAUGAAUACUAUGUCUAGUAAAGAAUUUGUGGUACUACUACCUAUGCUAUUAAACUGUCAAAAAUACGACUAUAUGAGGUCUCAUGUAAGUGAGCUUUUCCAGUACUUUGCUGAUGUGAGUUUGUCAUCGAGACCAGAACUUAUUAAUACUUUGAAUAAUCUAAGCCCAUGGGACAAAGCACUUUUCCACAACCUCACUAACCAAAAGUUUGAAAUACUAAGACGAGGCAUAGACCUCAAAAGAAAGCCCGAAAGUAAUUCCUUCAAAUCUAAUAUAAGUAUCAGCGAGGAUUCUCGAAUAUGCGAGAAAAGAGAGAGUACCAUGAGAAACUACAACAAGAAACCAAAAACCUUAGAGGAAACAAUCAUGAAUGACACCGAAAAUAAGGAUUCAGACUCGGACAAGAUACCUUUCAUAAAUAGUUAUUCUGUUCUUGAAGAUUGCUUGGAGCUACUUCAGGAGAAACAACUGAAGGAGUUAAUAAUAGCUACGCAAGCCGAAAUAAAGAGCUUAAACACUUUUGAAACUUCAAUAUUUUCCAGGGCUUCAGAGGAAACCACCGGAAAUCACCAUAGCACAAAAGUCUUCAAAGCUUUUAGGCGAAUUUGUUGGUUGCUCAACACUUCCUUUUUGAAUUUGGAGGAAUUCGACGAGCAAAAGGUUUAUGAGUUGGUUGUAGCUGAGAUUUCUACAUUAAAGAAUUUAUUUAAACCGAAGAAUGAAUCCGACUUUGGGCAAUCUAGUUGUAGUAGUUUCAUAGCAAAAGAAUUAUUAGAUUUUAUACUAACUACAACUGAUUUGCAUCUAGAUGUGGUACAUUUGCAAACCCCCGUGCUUUGCUAUAUAAUGGAAACGAUACCAUAUUACGGAAGACUUCGAUAUCAGCAUACCGCAAAACUUUUACUUAGUUUACGACGAGUUAAAUCAUAUAAUUAUGUUGCUAGUGGUAUUUCUAGUGUUAGUGCUAGUUCUGGUGCUAGUUCUGGUGCUAGUUCUGGUGCUAGUUCUGGUGCUGGUGUAGUCACUGAUGGUAGCGGUUGUACCCAAAUAGAAUGCAACCUCAAUUCGUUUUGCAACAGAUAUCGAACACUCAUAUAUUCUGGUUUAUUAUCAGGCGAUGUAAACAUUUUGAACCUUACAACCGACUUGAUUACAGGAAACAAAGCAACUUCAUUUAAAAAGGAAGAAGAUCGGCAACUUCACAACUCGUUUAUUAUGGACAUAAUUAAUAUGUUAUGGAAAAACAAGUUUCUUUGUCAAAAUCCAAAGCCGAACUCUAUUCAAAAGAGUUUGUUCUUAAUGACAUCACGACUAAAGCUAGAAGAAGCUUUAUUCCUAGGCGAUGUUGUUAACAUUCGACAACGUGGCUCGCUUGCAAUAAACCCAGCAACAGCAUACUUUGCUGUUAAAGUUCUUCGCUUUUUAGAAGACAGCUCGGAAACCUUGGAGGUGCGUCAUGAAGGACCUAUAACAUGUGAGAGCAUAACAUUGAUGAACACAAAUUAUCCCACUGGGUGGUUAUCAUUUCCCUCCGAAAACUUAAAACUACAAAUACUUUACUAUAUGGAACAAAAUGGUUUCAUGGGCCUACCAGAAUUUUUAUUUAACUCUUUGCGUUCAUUAUUAGGAAGGAGAACGAAAUCUUAG